AUGAAUGUAGGUCAAAAAUCCAAGAGCAAACCGAAAGGCUCUAAUGGUAAAAUAAAAGUGGUAGUACGGAAAAGACCUAUAAAUGAAAAUGAGAAAAGAAAAAAAGAUAGUGAUAUAGUAUCAGUAAAAGAUAAUAAUACAAUAUGUAUUGAUGAACCUAGAUAUAAAGUCGAUAUGACAAAAUAUAUUGAAAGACAUGAGUUUGUAGUAGAUAAAGUAUUUGAUGAAACAGUUGAUAAUUUAACUGUAUAUCAGUAUAGUAUAAAACCAUUAAUAAUUGAUUUAUUUGAAAGUAAUUGUGUAUGCUCUUGUUUUGCCUAUGGGCAAACAGGUAGUGGUAAAACUUACACAAUGUUAGGGUCACAACCAUAUGGCCAAAGUAAUUGCCCUGGUAUUUUCCAAUAUGCUUCAGAAGAUAUAUUUAAUUUAUUAAAUGCAUAUAAUAAUGAUAAUAGCAAAGGUAUAUUUAUUUCAUUUUAUGAAAUAUAUUGUGGUAAAUUAUAUGAUUUAUUACAAAAAAGAAAAAUGGUAGCAGCUUUAGAAAAUGGUAAAAAAGAAGUUGUAGUAAAAGAUUUAAAAAUAUUAAGAGUUAUAAAUAAAGAAGAAUUAAUACAAAAAAUGAUAGAAGGUGUUAUGUUAAGAAAAAUUGGAGUAAAUUCACAAAAUGAUGAAUCAUCAAGAUCUCAUGCUAUAUUAAAUAUAGAUUUAAAAGAUAUAAAUAAAAAUGUAUCUUUAGGCAAAAUUGCAUUUAUAGAUUUAGCAGGUAGUGAAAGAGGAGCUGAUACAAUUGCUCAAAAUAAACAAACACAAACAGAUGGAGCAAAUAUUAAUAGAUCAUUAUUAGCAUUAAAAGAAUGUAUUCGAGCUAUGGAUUCAGAUAAAAAUCAUAUACCUUUUAGAGAUUCAGAAUUAACGAAAGUAUUAAAAGAUAUAUUUGUUGGAAAAUCGAAAAGUAUUAUGAUUGCUAAUAUAUCACCAACUAUUAGUUCUUGUGAGCAAACAUUAAAUACUUUAAGAUAUUCAUCUCGAGUUAAAAACUUUAGAACAAGGCCUAUGCCUAAUGAUGGUGAUGAUACACCAAAUGACCCCAAUAGCUCAAUUCAUACCAUGUCUUAUUACAAAAGUUCAGAGCUUAACUAUUCUAGCACUGAAAAUUUUACCAUGAAAUCAAAUAGUUUAAUGUCUAGCAAGCCUGAAUCAAAAUCCAUCGAACUUAGGGAUAAAAAUAAUGAAAAAAGUAAUAAAAAGAUGCAAAAAAAUGUUUGUGAUAAAAAUGUAAAACAUAGUAACAAAAAUCGUGUAAAUACAAUAAAAAAAAAUAAUACCAUUCCUCGUAAAAAUUAUACUUUUUCAGAUACAUCGGAUUUUUCAUCACUUGAUGACAUGAAUUAUAGCCUUAAUAAUUCUGAAAAGACCUUACUUACAAAUAGUAAAAGUGUAAAUCAAUCAAAAAUAAAAAGUAGAAAUAGUUGUGAUACUAUUAAUAGCAAAGCGAAGAAAAAUGAUAUGCACGUUUUACGACAUAGUGUAGGAAGUAUACUUACAAAUUGUUCUAAUGAAAAAAGUAUAUCUAAAGAAAAUGAAUUUUCAAAAAGUGGAAUUAAUCAAUCUAAAAAUAUCCUAUUCAAUGGUAAUACAGUAAAUAAAAUGAGUAGCAUAAGUAGUAUUGGAAACCCAAAUAUGAUGGGAUAUGAAAUAAACAGAAUAGGUAGUACAAACAGGACAGACAACCCUCUUAAUAAUAAUGAUUCUUUAAUGCAUGGAAAUGUUAAUAUAAAUAAAAAGGUAAAAGAAGCUUCAAGAGAUAGUGAUAAUAUGUUUUUUGAUGCUGUUUCUCAUCCAGCUGAUAAUAAAAUUAACAUAUAUAGUAGCAAUAAAAAUUAUAAAUUAGGAUAUAGUAAUAGUAACAGUAUUAUUAAUGACAAUAUUAAUGAUAGUUCAAUAUCUAUUGGAAUAAAAAAGAGAUUUAUAAAGGGAACAAACCUUUUAACUACUGAUGGUUCUGAUAAUAAUUCGGUUGUUUUUCAAAACGAUGAAUUAAAUGCUGGAUCCUCGUCUUUUAGCAAUUGGGAAAAUACAAAUAAUAAUAAUAAUAAUAAUAAUAGCAUGGUCGAUUUCAAUAUAAGAAAUAUCAGUUUGGCAGAGAUAAAUAUGGAUGGAAUAAAAUCGAGCUCAAAUAAUAAUUUAAAUAUUUGUAAUAGUGCAGACAAUAUGGAAACUAUUCAAAAUAACCAAUUUAAUAAUAAUGCAAUAAGGAGUUUAGAAUUGAGUAAAAACUCAAACUAUCAAGUAAUCGAUGAAACAAAUACAGACAAUAAUUUAUUAGAUGAUGAAUAUUUAAAACACUUUCAAAAAAGUGGUAGUAAUAAUAUUCUUGGCAACUGUAUUAGUUCAUUAAAUAUUGCUGAUCUUUAUGAAGAUACACAAAAUAUACUUAACAAUGUCUUACUGUCAAAAUAUAAAGCAAAUAGAGAUGAUGUAAUAAAAAAAUAUAUUAAUGAAGAUAUUAGUAAUAUGAAUUUAGAGCAAUUAGACAAAUAUGUUCAAUUCAUAUAUGAAAAAAAAAAAGCUAUUUUAAAUAAGCUACUUUUUUUAUUUAAAAAAAAUGUAGAUAUACAAACAAAUAAUGAAAUUAGCGAUUUGAAAAAGGAUCUCGUUAUGUGCCAUAUAUGCAGUAAUAAUCCAGAUGAUCAAUUUCACUUUUAUGCAUAUAGUAGAUUAGAAAAAGAUAUUAUUAAUUUAAUAAUGUUAAGGCAAUUAUGGUGCGAAUCAGAAAACCUAAGACAAUUACAUCAAUAUUUGAUGACUGAAUAUCAAACUAAAUCAGCUAAUUCGAUCUUAUUCAAUCUUCAACCUUCUAAUGCAAAUAAAAAAUUUUUGGAAAGCCCCAAAAGCAUUGGCGUAGAUAUCAACACGAACAAAACUUUAAAUAUUAAAAACAAAGUAACAAAGUAG